UUCUUUCUCACUGCUGCGUUCUCUGAAGUUAAAAAAAAAAGAAGCAGAGAGAGAGAGAGAGAGAGAUUGUGUGUGUGUGGAAAGCUGUUUUCCGGGAGCUAUUUCUGAGACAUCAUUAUGGUGAGGAAGAGGAGAACUGAGCUUCCUAGUGGGAGCGAAAGCUCUCAGGCUCAGCAGGAAACAAGUGGGGGUGGUAGUGGUAGAGGCUACCAACCACGCCCUGCUGAGAGGAGCGCUCCACCCCAGCAGCAACAUGCAGGAGGAAGAGGUUGGGCCCCCCAAGGAGGUCGUGGAGGUUAUGGUGGGGGGCGCAGCGGUCGUGGAAUGCCACCUCAGCAACAGUAUGGUGGGACACCUGAAUAUCAAGGCCGGGGAAGGGGAGGGCCACCCCAGCAAGGUGGUCGCGGAGGGUAUGGCGGUGGCCCUGGCGGCAUCAGUGGCCGAGGCGGACCUUCUUCUGGUGGCCCAUCAAGACCAUCAGAUCCCGAGCUGCACCAAGCAACCCAGGUUCAACAUCAACCUGGGGUCAUUCCGCCUCAGCCAACGUCAUCUGAGGCUAGUUCAUCUACCCGACCUCCGGAGCCAUCUCAAGUGGUCCAGCAAUUUGAGGAGCUCACCAUCCAAGGCGCUCCGAGCCAGGCAAUUCAACCUGUGCCACCAUCUAGUAAAUCAGUGAGGUUCCCUCUUAGGCCUGGCAAGGGUAGCACUGGAACGAAGUGUAUAGUUAAGGCAAAUCACUUCUUUGCUGAAUUACCAGACAAAGAUUUGCAUCAGUAUGAUGUUACAAUUACUCCGGAGGUGACAUCUCGUGGAGUCAACCGUGCUGUAAUGGAACAGCUGGUUAGGUUGUACAGAGAAUCGCAUCUUGGAAAGAGGCUUCCUGCCUAUGAUGGGCGAAAGAGUCUGUAUACUGCUGGGCCACUCCCAUUUCUAUCCAAGGAGUUCAAAAUUACGCUUAUUGAUGAAGAUGAUGGAUCCGGUGGGCAAAGGAGAGAAAGGGAAUUUAAAGUUGUGAUAAAAUUGGCUGCACGUGCAGACCUGCACCAUUUAGGACUCUUCUUGCAGGGUAGGCAAGCUGAUGCACCCCAGGAAGCACUUCAAGUUCUUGAUAUUGUCCUGCGUGAAUUACCUACUACUAGGUACUGUCCUGUGGGUCGUUCAUUUUAUUCUCCUGAUCUGGGAAGGAGGCAGUCACUGGGUGAGGGAUUGGAGAGUUGGCGUGGUUUUUAUCAAAGCAUUCGUCCAACUCAGAUGGGGCUGUCUCUGAAUAUAGACAUGUCUUCAACUGCAUUCAUUGAGCCAUUGCCAGUAAUUGAGUUUGUAACACAGCUGCUGAAUCGGGAUGUUACUUCUAGACCCUUGUCUGAUUCUGAUCGUGUAAAGAUCAAAAAGGCUCUACGAGGAGUCAAAGUUGAGGUUACACAUCGCGGAAAUAUGCGCAGGAAGUACCGUAUAUCUGGUUUAACAUCGCAGGCAACAAGAGAGCUGACGUUUCCAGUUGAUGAAAGAGGUACAAUGAAAUCAGUUGUUGAAUACUUCUUCGAAACUUAUGGUUUUGUUAUUCAACAUUCACAAUGGCCAUGUCUGCAAGUGGGUAACCAACAGAGACCAAAUUAUUUGCCUAUGGAGGUUUGCAAGAUUGUCGAGGGUCAGAGGUACUCGAAGAGGUUGAAUGAGAGACAGAUUACUGCUUUAUUGAAGGUGACCUGCCAGCGUCCUCGAGACAGGGAGCUAGAUAUAAUGCAGACCGUUCGUCACAAUGCUUACCAUGAGGAUCCUUAUGCAAAAGAGUUUGGAAUCAAAAUUAGUGAGAAGCUGGCUUCAGUUGAAGCUCGAAUUCUUCCUGCACCAUGGCUGAAAUAUCAUGAUACAGGCAGAGAAAAGGAUUGCCUACCACAAGUUGGACAAUGGAACAUGAUGAAUAAGAAAAUGGUCAAUGGGGGAGUAGUUAACAAUUGGAUCUGCAUCAAUUUUUCACGGAAUGUGCAAGAUAGUGUGGCCCGUGGGUUUUGCCAUGAACUUGCACAAAUGUGUUACAUUUCUGGCAUGGCAUUUUGUCCUGAACCAGUGCUUCCACCUUUGAGUGGCCGUCCUGAUCAGGUAGAAAGAGUCCUUAAAACUCGGUAUCAUGAUGCCAUGACCAAACUCCAGCCUCAGAGAAAGGAGCUUGACCUGCUUAUCGUUAUUUUGCCAGAUAACAAUGGCUCUCUUUAUGGUGAUUUGAAGCGAAUCUGUGAGACUGAUCUUGGUCUUGUUUCCCAAUGUUGCUUGACGAAGCAUGUAUUUAGGAUGAAUAAACAAUACCUGGCCAAUGUGGCAUUGAAGAUAAAUGUCAAGGUUGGAGGAAGGAAUACUGUGCUUGUGGACGCACUGUCAAGGCGUAUACCUUUAGUCAGUGAUCGGCCUACUAUUAUCUUUGGUGCUGAUGUUACCCAUCCUCAUCCAGGAGAGGAUUCAAGCCCUUCAAUUGCAGCUGUUGUGGCAUCUCAAGAUUGGCCGGAAAUCACAAAGUAUGCUGGUUUGGUUUGUGCUCAAGCCCAUCGACAGGAGCUGAUUCAAGAUCUUUUCAAGACAUGGCAGGAUCCUGCAAGAGGGACAUUGUCUGGUGGCAUGAUUAAGGAACUACUCGUAUCUUUUCGUAGAGCAACUGGUCAGAAACCACAACGUAUCAUAUUUUACAGGGAUGGUGUGAGUGAGGGCCAAUUCUACCAGGUUUUGCUGUAUGAACUAGAUGCUAUCCGAAAGGCGUGUGCCUCUUUGGAGCCAAACUAUCAGCCUCCUGUGACUUUUGUUGUGGUUCAGAAGCGCCAUCACACAAGAUUGUUUGCCAAUAACCAUCAUGACCACAAUUCAGUUGAUAAGAGUGGAAACAUAUUGCCGGGUACUGUUGUAGACUCCAAAAUUUGUCACCCAACUGAAUUUGACUUCUACCUCUGUUCGCAUGCUGGAAUUCAGGGUACAAGUCGUCCAGCUCAUUACCAUGUACUAUGGGAUGAGAACAAGUUUACCGCUGAUGGGCUGCAGUCCCUAACAAAUAACCUUUGUUAUACAUAUGCAAGGUGCACUCGAUCUGUUUCCAUUGUGCCCCCGGCAUACUAUGCCCAUCUUGCUGCAUUCCGAGCUCGGUUCUAUAUGGAGCCAGAGUCCUCAGAAAGUGGUUCCAUUACAAGUGGUGCUGCCACUGGACGUGGAGGCAUGGGCGGAGCAGGUCCACGAAGCACACGUGCACCAGGAAUUAAUGCUGCUGUGAGACCCCUACCAGCACUCAAGGAGAAUGUCAAAAGGGUCAUGUUCUACUGUUAGGCUAGCUGGUCCCUGGCAAAGCAAAGAUCAUCAUUCCAAGUUAUGGGUUUUUGUUUAAAUAGAGUUUGUGAAACCGUUUUUCUGUCCUCGUUGUUUUGUUUGGCAUGCUAAUGACAAUCCGUGAGAUCCCUCUUGCGGUAGUUUUAACUGAAAACUGUUAACGGAUUUCUUCCUGGAUUUCAAGUUUCGAUGUAGUCAUGUCCACAUUGA